ACACACAAUUAUAACAGGGUGAUACGGGAGCAGAGCAUGGCUGACAACGCGAACAACACAGCAUUAGGGCGGGGUGAGAAGUGGUGGAGCCUUGUCAAGGCCAUAGCUUUCGAGCUGAAGCCGUUCAGCCUUCCCGGCGUCGAGGAUGUGAAGGCCGCCGCGGUAGCAGUCAGAACGAAUGUCCGUCAACUCACCGACGAACUCGUUAGAGUCACGCCGGAGGCUCUUGGUGCCGUGAAGGCCGUAAACCCGUCCAGAGCGUUGGGUCUGAUGGCUUGGCUCUGCGGGUGGGCGCUGUUCAUCUGGCUCGAGUUCGGUGCGGUUUAUUUCAUCAUUUCGUCCAUGGCCAUGAUUUUCAUGAACCUCGGCGAGCGUGGGGAGAGCGAGUGGUCCGCGUACAGCGUUUUCAACGCAGGCUGCCGCGCGCUGUUGGGCACCAUCAACGCCGAGCAGUUCGAGCGCGAGAUCAUGCGCCAAAACGUGGCUGCCCCGGCCCACCAACACGGCGACGGCAACGAGGACGACAACCACCGAGGAGCCAACAACGACCAGGACGAAGAUUUCGUGUGGGUGGAGCCAGAACCGGUAGUGCGCGACGUCGCUGCCGGUGACGCUGAUGAGCCCGAGGAUGGCAACGGAAGCGAGUAUGACGACGAUGACGGUGGCAGCGGCGGCGGAGGCGGCGGGGGUGGAGGCGAAGGAGGUGCUGCUGCCAGAGGGGCGGGGGGCGGGCGGAAGGUGAGCGGCAAGCGCGCGCGCCGGGGCUUCGAGGAGAGGAAGGAGAGGCAGGAGGAGAGGAGGCUUGCGCUGCAGGCGGUGGAGCAGGACGAAUGGAACUGAGAGCGGAAGCCAAGGGGUGGUGUUUGCUCCGCGGGACAUACGUACUCCCUGUGUGUGUGUGAGAGA